AUAAUAUUAUUAACAAUAUUACAACAAAUAAAUGCAUGUGGUCCCGGUCGAGGAUUAGGUGGACCACGACGUAGUCGUAGAUUAGUACCAUUAGUAUUUAAACAACAUGUACCAAAUGUAUCUGAAUAUACACUUGGUGCAUCUGGAUUAAGGGAAGGGAAAGUGGAUAGAAAUAGUUCAAAAUUUAAAAAUUUAGUACCAAAUUAUAAUAAGGAUAUUAUAUUUAAGGAUGAAGAAGGUACGGGAGCUGAUAGAAUUAUGUCACAGAGAUGUAAAGAAAAAUUAAAUACACUGGCUGUACUUGUUAUGAAUCGAUGGCCUGGUCAACGAUUACGUGUAACAGAAAGUUGGGAUGAAGAUAUGAAACAUGGUAAUGAAUCACUGCACUAUGAAGGUAGAGCAGUUGAUAUAACAACAUCAGAUCGUGAUCGUAGUAAAUAUGGUAUGUUAGCUAGAUUAGCGGUAGAAGCUGGCUUCGACUGGGUAUAUUAUGAAAGUAGAGAACAUAUUCACUGUUCCGUUAAAUCGGAUUCAACACAAAAAUCUCAUGUUAGCGGUUGUUUUACAUCUGAAAGCACUGUUCAAAUAUCGACAGGAGAACGUCGACGACUUAGUGAUUUAAAACUUGGUGAAAAAGUUCUCAGCAUGACAUCGAAUGGUAAAACGAAAUAUAGUGAAGUUAUAAUGUUCUUAGAUUAUAAUAUGAACGAAAUUAUGGAUUUUGUUCAAAUAACAACAAAAAGUGGUGCAAUAUUAACAGUGACUGCAGCACAUUUAAUAAUGGUAUGGAAUUUAAGUAAAAAUCAAAGUGAAUUUAGAUUUGCAUCGAAAAUUGAGGAAGGUGAUUUCGUUUUAGUAUAUAAAGAUGAUAGAUUGAGACCAGAAAAAGUUAUUAAAAUAACAUUGGUACAUAAUUUAGGUUAUAUUGCACCAUUAACACGCGAAGGUACAAUAAUUGUUGAUUCAAUAGCAGCAUCAUGUUAUGCUUUAAUCGAUAGUCAAUCAAUAGCACAUUGGAGUUUUUCACCAAUACGUGCUUAUUUAUCAAUGAAAAAUUUGUUAGGUUUUAGUAGCAGGAGUUAUAGCAGUAGUAGUAGCGGUAAUAGUAAUAGUCGCAGUAACAAUAGAAGAAUAUCAGAUAAUAAAUUAAAUAAUAUAGAAAUAAAUAAUAAUUUAAUAUUAGAAAAUGAUAAUAGUAUUAGUAAUAAUGAAAUUUUAAAUGAUCCAUUAAUACAAAAUGGUGUACAUUGGUAUGCAAAAAUUUUAUAUUCAAUAAAAGAUUGGGUGCUGCCAGAUGAUUGGAUUUAUCAUUGAUUGGA